AAAAAAAAGGGGGAAGAAAAAGCUCUCUGUGUGGAAGCAGGCGCUCAUUCAUGCAGCUCACUCUGCGGAGGAGGGGAAUAACAGCUCAUACGCAACGUUUAGCGUGAAUUUAGAUGAAUUACAGCAACUUAAAGGAUCACAUAGGUGCAUCGAUUCCGCUCAGAAUGGAGACAUCUACCUUUUGCAUUCAGCCUCUGGAAAUAUCAGUGACCGCGCGGACAUCCCCAAAAUGAACUCCUCUGUGCUCGUGCCUCCGCUGCUGCAACUUCUCACCGAGGAGCGGGUGAUUCGCGGAUGCGGGAGGAUCGCCUCCCGAAAUAAAGUUGAGCGAGAGCAGGAAUGAAGUUGGAGUAGCGCUUGAAAGAAAGGACUCCUCACGAAUUAAUGAACGUGUCCGGAUCGCUGAACCGGAGAGGUUUUAUUCGCAGCUCUCGCAAGAUAGAGUUCACUUCUUCUUGAGAGCGCAUCACUUGAUCCCUAUUGCAAAAUCAGUCCGGAGAGGAUGAGGUGUCGCUGGGUUAAGCAUGAGCUGUCAGAGAAUCAGUCAUAAGCGGCUGUCUCUGCUAUGGGUGAGGGCGGCUCUCGGACUCUGGCUCUGCUGUUGCUGGACCUCCGGGGCCGGUGGUGCCGCGUCCGCCGCCGGACAAGACGCCGGCACCCCCGGCUCCCUGGGCUGGCUGCUGUCCGAUAAAGGGCCCUUCCACCAGGCCCUGGAGUUCACGGAGGCUGCGGAGAGGUACCAACAGGGCUUCAGCACCAGAUACAAGAUCUACAGGGAGUUUGGUCGAUGGAAGGUCAACAGCCUGGCGGUGGAGAAGAGGAACGGUUUAGGUGGCAGUGGUGGCCUGGCUCUGCCCCUCGACCCCGACUUCACGCACACCAUCCGCCAGCUGGGGAGGCGGCCAACCCUCCAGACGAUUACAGAGAGUCUAAUCAAGAAAUAUGGCACUCACCUGCUCCUCUCUGCCACUCUGGGAGGGGAGGAGUCUUUGACAAUCUUUGUGGACAAAAGGAAGCUCAGCCAAGAGUCUUCGCCUGUGGGUGCCGAUGGCAGCCGUGGCACCAGCAGGAACUCAAACACUACGGGGACGGUGACCCUGGAGGCCCUCCACCAGCUGGCUGCCUCCUACUUCACCAACAGAGAGAGCACUCUCCGCAGGCUGCACCACCUACAGAUUGCAUCCACCGCCAUUCGGGUGACAGAAACCAGAACUGGGCCGCUUGGAUGCAGCAACUAUGACAAUCUGGACACAGUCAGCUCCGUACUGGUUCACAGUCCAGAAAACAAGGUUCAGCUACAAGGGCUGCAGGUCAUCCUCCCAGGCUACUUGCAGAGCCGCUUCAUUCAGGCGGCUCUCAACUAUGUCGGCUGUAAAUCUGAGGGCCACUUUGUGUGCCGGAGCAGCGACUGCUGGUGUGAGUGCAGCGUGGACUUCCCUCUGUGUAACUGUCCUCUCUCUGACCUCGGAACCCUGGAAAGCAACCUGAUGCGCAUCAGAGACACCUGGAGGCUGACAAACCAGGAGUUUAAAGAAUCCGAGGAGUUCCAAAGCUUUGUUGAGAAACUGCCAACCCAUUACGCUGUAAACACAUCUGUCGUGGAACACAUGUGGGGGACGGAUGCCAGCGUGCUCCAGCGCUACAGGCAGCUGGAGACCAGUGGCAACCAGCUUUUCGCUAAAGCCCGCCGCACCGUUAACAAGCUCUUCAGCCUCAGCAAGAGGUGCCGAAAAAAGCCGAAGAUAAUCCUACAGAGGACGAGGCCUCUGCAUUUCUGGUUGAGCUACGCCCUCUCCAUUUUAUACUGCAGUGAGAACAAUCAGGUUGGUGUUUAUAGUGACGAGAACCGCAGCUGCUCCUGCCCCUACAACCAUCCGCCUUGCCAGGGCCUCAUUCCCUGCUCUGUGGGCGACGGUGCCCGCUGCGUCUCCUGCUCCACGGAGAACAGGACACGCUGCGCCAGCUGUAACCUUGGCUUCACCCUCACCCAGGGAGCCUGCCGGCCCGCCGUGCCCGACCCUACGGACCCCUACCUGGGCUUGGAGAGUGACCGAGACCUGCAGGAUCUGGAGCUGCGCUACCUGCUCCAGCGGCGUGACCCCCGCAUCGCUCUGCACGGUGUGUUUGUGAGCAAUGACGUGCGCGUUAACACUUGGUUUGACCCGUCCUGGAGGAAAAGGAUGCUGCUCACCCUCAAGAGCAACCGGGUGAAGUCCAACCGCAUUCAUAUGCUCCUCGGACUUGCAGUCCAGUUUUGCCUCACCAGAAACAGCACUCUGGAGCCGGCGUUAUCUCUGUUCGUGAAUCCCUUCGGGGGCAGCCAUUCAGAGAGCUGGACCAUGCCUAUAGGUCAGCACGGAUACCCUGACUGGGAGCGAACCAAGCUGGAUAUCCCUUUGGACUGCUAUAAUUGGACUUUAACUCUAGGAAACAGAUGGAAGAGUUUUUUUGAGACAGUUCAUUUCUACCUGAGGAGUCGUAUCAGGGACCCUGUGGGAGUGACAGGAGGCAGCAAGAACACGACGGUGUACUAUGAGCCUCUGGAGGCGACAGAGCCGUCGAACAACAUCGGCUACAUGAAAGUGAACAGCAUGCAACUGUUCGGAUACAGCGUGCAUUUCGACCCCGAGGCUAUCCAGGACCUGAUUCUGCAGAUAGACUACCCGUACACUCAGGGAUCACAGGACUCGGCCCUGCUGCAGCUGGUGGAGCUGCGCUACAGGAUUAACCGCCUCUCUCCUCCCGGGGCCCCACACGUGGAUCUGUUCGCCUGUCUGCUCCGCCAUAGACUCAAACUGUCCAGUGCAGACGUGACCGGGAUACUCACUGCCCUGCAAGCUUUCAGUGCCAGACAACCAAACUACGAGGAGUACGAGGCGAAUAAACUGUGUAGUUAGUUAAUGGCCACUAUUUGAUGUUUUGUACUCUUUCCUUGCCAAGGACAGACCUGUAUCCUUUGUCAGCUGGAUCCAUUUGUGUCAAUUGUGUGAUAUGUUGUUCAAGGAUGUGGUGUACAUACACUUAUGUGCAAUUAAAUGUGAUGUUUUUAUAAUUUCAGUGUAGUUUUAUGGAAUAAAACCCCCUGAAAAAUUUUCAUUAUAAUAGGAAACAUUUGUGACUUAAUAAGCAACAAUUAGAGACUUCACGUUUGGGAGACAAAACACCCAGAGGCACCAUUUACUAUUAGUUCAACAUUUUAUACUGUGGACAGUGUGGGUGUGAUCAGAUUUAAAUGACAGUGGACUGACGACAUGGGCAAACAACCUGACAACUGUCAUCACGCUUUGAUUUCAAAUUUGCUAAACCCUGAUCAUGAUCGAUGCAUUGACAUGCGUGACAACACCUUUUCCACACUUGUGAGAACGAUGACAUGAAAUAACCAAAACUGUCACAGAAAAUAUUGUGUUCGUGUACGAGCCCACUGCUCAUAGUAAGAGGCUGAAUGAGAAAAUAACCUACUAUUAUCAUUUUACAAUUUAAAUAGUUUUGCACAUUGAGCUAGAACGCAUCAAGAUAUCCUCAUAGCCUUCCUAGUUAUCUCACUGGAGAGUCGUAGUGGUGUGUGUGUGUGUUGCGUUGUUUUUGCCCAUCUGGAGCCUCAGAACACAAGGUCUCCAUUCUCCAUUGAGGGAAUAGCCUCGGCACAGAUUACUAAGUGUAUAGUGAGAGAAGGGAGGGUCGGAGCAGCCUGCCUCUGUUCCUCCGCCGUCCCCGUCCGCCAUUCAAAAUGACUGUGAUAGAUGAGCCGGAGCGCCACAGAGACAAGUCUAACAUCAAACAACAGUAUGCUAUGGUAUCAGUGACAAGGAUAGUACUCUCGCCCAGUACCCGAGCGAUUCGGACACUCAAAAGAGUGACUCAGACCAAAAGAGAAAUCUGAUUUAAUCGCCCAAGGGACGUCGUCAGCGGAGCCACAGGCUCGCAGCAUGGUGCGGCUUUGAUUAGACUAGCAUCUAAAGAGCUCGUAGCAAAGACGUAGUUUGAUCAAGAUUCACCUGACAUGUUUCUCCUGAGAUUAAAUCCAAACAGAAUUUGCUCUGAUGCUAUCGUUUAGAACGAAUGUGAAAAGGUGGAUGAGGCAGUUUUGAUUGUGAGAUGAGGUGCCGAGCACACUACUACCAGCACCCCUAUACUGUCAUCCAGAUUGACUGUACAGUAUGAUGCAUUAUGCUGCAGCGGUACAGUAAAAGAUCAGUUUAAUCAGUUUAUGUGGCACUGAGUGCAGUGGCAGAGUGGAUUGGCAAACUAAGACAUCACCUUUAUGACGAGCAUCUCCCAUAGGCUGCUAUUGAGCUUAAACAUUGAUUUUACAAUUUGAAGACACAGCAGGGUUGUCCCCAGGCUGUAACAAAAGUAUUUUACUUAGCUAUCAUAUAUCACAAGAGAAUAGUGUUGGCAAGUUAUCAUGUUAGACUCACCUUAUAAAAUUCCUCUUUACAAUCCUUUUUCUCCCAUGCUCUUAUUUUAAAAGUAAUUUUACUUUAAAGCAGUUGAUGCACUGGAAGUAGUUGCUGUAGUAAUAUUGAACAUGCCAAAAUCUACCAACCUGUAUUGUGUGUUUUAAUUGAGCGCAGGGGAAUGUCUGUGUGUGAGAAAGAUAUUGAAUCUGGAUCACGUCCCAGCAAAGGGUUAAACAGUGAGCAUCUGGUGUUGUUUUAAAAUCUUUUUAAAAAGUAAAGAUUCUGCAUCUGGGUGGGAAAAUGUGGUUCAGGGCAAUUGGAAGCAGUCCAGACACGGGGAAGAGAAUGAAAGAGUGUGUUGUUAUGAGCGGCUCUGGUUUAGAAGUUCUAGUCUGACAAGGUUUUUUGAUAAAGAAGGCAUCGUCCUAGACUUAAUUUACAGUUAAUGGACUGAACACUUUGACAGAGGUUGUCUUUUUCACUUUAAUUGAUUUGGAUAAAAAUGAAAACUACAUUAGCGUAUUCCAAUAGAAAGCAUUUAUACGGAAAAAAAGUAACGUUAAACUAAAGUUUUAGUGUCACUCAAGGAUUACCAUUAAUUAGGCCCCAAAAGCAUCUGAACAAACAUUUUGAAGCCUUCACUUAGCUUCACUAAAGCCUUGAGGAUUAUGUGUACAAAGACAAACAGUCACGACGAAGGAUCCAGAACAAACUUUACCACCAUUUAAGCAACAGCUCAACAUUUUGGGAAAGUAGUCUUAAUCAUUUUCUUGCCAAUAGUUACGUGAGAAAAUGUAGACCACUCUCACGUCUGUACGCUAACUACGAGGCGAUUAGCUUCGUGUACAACAAAGAUGAAACUAACGUGUUAGCAUUUCAGUUAUUACCAAUAGAAUGUAACAGGUUAAAUAGUGAUCUUUGCAGUUGCUGGUCGGUAGAUUUUGUUACAUUUGGACACAGUCAGGCUCGCCUUUUUCCUGUUUCCAGUCUUUAUGAAUAACUAAGCUAACAGGCUGCUAGCAUUAGCUUUAUAUUAAGCAAACAGAUCUUCUUAUCUAACACUCUACUGUUCCUUUCAAGCUGAGAUUGAUAUUUUAAAAUGUAUGCUAAUAAUUAAAUAGCUUAAUUUAAUAUGUUUUCAAAAUAAACAAUGUAAAUAUUUCUAUAGUGCUUGCUUGUCUUAUCUGCCCACUGAGGCCUGCUGCAUUGACCGUCAUAUUUCACCACUUUUUUUUAAAACAAAUGUCACAAAUGGACAGCAUUCACUUUUGAAUAUCCUCUUCAUGAAGUCAGGAAAUUAUUAAUAAGGAAACAUACCCAGGGAACCAUUCCUAAAAGGAGCAGUGACGAGCCAACAAACAACUAACAAGAGUUGAUUUUUCAACAACGGCCAUAUUGUGAACUUGCUGUAGCAACUGGAAACAACAGGGACACUAAUGAGAAAAUCCUUAGGUUAAAUUACCAAAAGAUUUGAUUGGAACAAUAGGUCUUGCUCUGUUUAUUUUGUCACUGAUAGCGGUGUAAUGGCCUGCUUCUGGUGUUUACCAGGAGCAUACUGUUUGUGCUCAUGCUGGAGCUGACUUGAUCUGCUGCACAGGCCUGGAUGCUGCAACACAUCUGGGAUGUUAGUUCUGCAGAUUUAGUUCAUCACACUGAUGCUGUGAUUUGGUUUUGCUUACAGUUGCUUAGCUUACCCUUGGGUAAGUCUCUCUAUUCGAUACCUCGGAAUACUUUUGAUGUGCUUGACCUCAAUGCUUUUGAGGAACUUAUAUGCAGAUACAGUGAUGUGACUGCCUUCAAACUCCACUUGACCUGCAGAGAUUUAUGCAUCAAAGACGGAGUUCCUCUUGGCGCAGAUUAAUCUGAAUAUACAGUAUGUUGGGAUGAUAUGUUAAGCUAUACAGUAUAUCAGAAUAUUCUUUACAAGGUUCCUUCUUUAUCAGGAUAUUUAUAUUUUUAUUCAAGUGGAAAAUUUGCAUAUGUUCCCCUCUGCUAAAGGAUUCUGGGUCAAAUCUUCUCCAGUUCAAGCCAAAUAAAUCAAACACACUUUGCUACUUAGAGGGAAAAAGAAAAAGAUGCAUACUACGAGAGGUUUUAUCCGAGGGCAGAGCAGGAGUAUAAUGUGCACACACACACACACACAUUUACUUGCACACACACAGGGCAGAGGCUGAGUGAUAAGCAGGAGCUUUGGCUUGGCAGACUUGUGGGCCUCUGAGGAAACAUGAGUUAGACUAAUGUGUGUGUCUGUUUAACAAGCAUGCUGGUGAUGGGAGGCAGGGGCUCAGUGAAGGGGAAGAGUUUAUGGAGAGGACAACCCCAUGGGAGGCAUCGGGAAUAAUAGCUGACGGUAUGUCAGAACAGCCCAGACAGCUUGCUUUAAAAGCCACGAGGGAGACUGUCUUUGGGAACUAACCGUAGAGCAUCGCUUCUUUCUACGCCUUUUUACGAUGAACAGAGCACACAAAGGAGCAGGAAACAGGUUAUUGAUCACUGCAUAUAUUUCACAUUUGGAAUUUAAAUCACAAAAACAAAUCUUUUUUAUUUUUUUGGCUUUACAUUUCCGAGACCACGUUUGUUCGCUUUGUGACCUAAUUGGAUGUCCACAGGUGCCAUCAGUCCUGAAUAAGAAAACAUUUUGUCUACAGAAAAUGCGGGUGGGCAAUGGGGGCUUUUCUCUUCACUUGAAAUGUUGUCUACUGAAAGCUAUUAAAACCCCAUUUAAUUUGCAUGAGGGCAUGUUCAUUUAGAAAAUUAUGAGUGGGGCUAUGUUCUGCCAGCAGUAAUAGGCGGUCGAAUGUAGACUGGAAUAAUGAUUAGACAUCAAAUAAGGUGACGCCAAUCCAGCGGUGUAAUACAACACUUGCAAAUCAAAUGAGAUCCGACACACUGCUGUUUGAAUACGGUCUCACGGCUCAUGAAGAUAUCCAAAAUAAACCUCAUGAUUGCUCAAGAUCAGUUUGACUGAUGGCUUUUCAAUGCAACGCCGACAUCUCUACACGUUCGUCACAUUGUCAGUAAUGCAUCUGUAAAAUGAAGGCAUUCUCAUGUCAAAAGUCGUAGUCAUGUUAAGUGUUUCUCUCAGGAUUUUACUUUUGACAGAGCGGCAAAUCCUCUCAAUCAGCACAAACUGCAGAGCAUCUUCUGACACUAAAAAUAGCACAAAAUAACCGAAACUGAUGGAAUGAUGAAAUCAGUCAGCAAGGCUGUCAGGGGGCACUACGAUAUACAUUACGUUUUUAAAUAGGGAACAAAUCACAAAAAACAUAACUGACAUUACGUUCAUAAAUUUCUGGUUUUAGAGAAUUAUGAAUUAGGCCAUAGAGGGAACUAAAGUAAUAAAAACCCGAUGACAACGACUGCAAUAAAAUAUAUGAAAAUGGCAACUAUUCACCCCAUACAUUUGCAAACAGAUAUAUAUUGGUUUGUUUUGCUACUCCAGAAGAUUGUCCAUUGUGCAAAAACAAAAUGAAGUUACCGAUUAGAUGCUUCGGAAUAAUUCAGACCUGCCUAUUUGCUCCCCACUAGCAGCCAUAAUCAACAUCAUCAUCUUAUUUCAUUUUGAGAGCUGUGUGCUGCACAAUAAAAUGUUGGAGAUCGCUUCCUCACCAAGAUUAACAACGACAGAGGCUUUUGGAUUUACAUAAAGUCUUUUUUAUAAUGAGUAGUGCCGCUGCACCCACCUCCACACACACACACACACACACACACACACACACACACCGUACAAAAGCAAUGUAACCAGAAGGUUGCAAUUCUUCACCCUACGCUCUCAUUAUAGCCGCAGCACUAAUGACGCAGUGAGGAUCAAGGUGCUGUAUGGAGAUGAAAGAGGAGAUGCGAAGGAUUUACAAUGCUUCCCAGAUCACUGAUAAAGCACAGCGUAAACAAAACUUUGCCUGGGGUUUGCACCACGAGGGAGAUGGGAUUUAGUCUCCAGAUUCAGCGUUAUCCUCUUUAAACUCGCGGCAUUAGAGAGGCAGGGAGCAGAAAUCCUGACGAGGCUCCGAAAUGCAACAUCUGAACAGAAUCAGUGGGUUUGGAUUUCCAGGGCUGGUACACAAGCGCCGCACAGUCUCUACUCAUUAUCCUACUGCCUGUGGAAACCCUGGUGCAUCCUCUAAGUGGCUCUAGACCACAACAUACUGUAUAAUAGUCCAUUAAUCUGUGACUAGGGAGCACCUGUCAGGGUGGAACUUGAGGAUCCUUGAAGUGAAAUAAUACUUGAUGACAAUCAUUCAAGGUCUCCAUGGCAGUGUAACUGUAACUGUGAUAGCACUCUGUUUUCCUCUGUGAAUAUCAUACAGCCAAGUGAAGAUAUGCAAUGUGCAGUAAGCUGUUAGAGAAUAUUUCAUCAUCUCCUUAACAGAAGCCACUAUCUUCGCUGCCAUCUCCAGCUGUUACCCCUUCAAAUGUUUACCCCCCAAAACUUCCCAAAACCCACACGCAAGCUACUUUAAUCAUAGACACAGUUUUCUCUUUCUUAAGGGGAUAGUAUAAUUGCAUCAAAGACCAACUAAUGUAGCCUCAUUUAGGAAAAGUCCUAAUGCCGGGGCAGCCGAUGCUGUUGCUGUUAAUGGUUAUAUGAAGCUACACAAACCACAGCGCAUAUUUGUCCCAAAUGGUGAU